AUGACGCAAGCAGAGCUUCCCCGCCUCCGGAUCCCCGCGCCAGGGGCAGCCUGGGGGCCGCGGACUCGAGGCGGGCACCGAGGCUGCGCCGGGCGGUCCACGCAGGGUGGGCGCACGCAGGAGAGCCAGGUAGGGCGAGGGCACGCGAGCAAGGCGCGGGGCACGUCCACGCGCGGCGGCGCGCGCAGAACGGCUGCCCGCCGGGAGGCGCACGCGCAGAAGGCCCACGCAGCCUCUUCAGUCCUGCCCCCACCCCCGCGAGUCAUUUAUGGGGGAAGUGCCAAGCCCUGUAAGAUUUCAGGGUGGGAGGACGUGGGCUGGCCGGCGGGCGGGAGAGCGAAGCGCACCGCUCCCAGGACCUUGGUUCGAGUACACCGCUGCCAGGACCCUGCGUGGGGCGCCCGCGUCCCCGUCGCCAUCCUUGUUCCGUCCCUGCUCCCGUCCGCGCUCUCCACCCCGGUCCGCGCGGCCCCGUCCCCGGCUCUCCGCCGCCCGCGCCGCGCCCUCCCCGAGGGCCCCGCCGCCGCCGCCGCCCUGGCGCUCCCCGCGGGCCCCGCCGAGGCCGCCUGCGCCCUGUGCCAGCACGCGCCCCGGGAGCCGGUGCGCGCCGACUGCGGCCACCGCUUCUGCCGGGCGUGCGUGGUGCGCUUCUGGGCCGAGGAGGACGGGCCCUUCCCGUGCCCCGAGUGCGCCGACGACUGCUGGCAGCGCGCCGUGGAGCCCGGCCGCCCGCCGCUCAGCCGCCGCCUGCUGGCGCUCGAGGAGGCGGCCGCCGCGCCCGCGCGCGACGGCCCGGCCUCCGAGGCGGCGCUGCAGCUGCUGUGCCGCGCCGACGGGGGCCCGCUAUGCGCCGCCUGCCGCAUGGCCGCGGGGCCCGAGCCGCCCGAGUGGGAGCCGCGCUGGAGGAAGGCGCUGCGCGGCAAGGAGAAUAAAGGGUCUGUGGAGAUCAUGAGGAAAGAUCUGAAUGAUGCGAGGGACCUGCAUGGUCAGGCCGAGUCUGCUGCUGCCGUGUGGAAGGGUCACGUGAUGGAUCGCAGGAAGAAGGCUCUGACGGACUACAAGAAGCUGCGGGCCUUCUUUGCUGAGGAGGAAGAGCGCUUCUUACAGGAGGUGGAGAAAGAGGAGGGGUCCCCCGAGGCUGAGGACGCGGACCCAGUGGAGAGGUUCAGGUCCCUGCUGCAGGCCGUCUCGGACCUGGAGAGGAGGCACCACGACCUGGGCCUCAGCAUGCUGCUCCAGUGAUCUGCCCGGGUGCAGGCAGAGGAAGGACACCACCCCAGCCCACAGCAGCUCCUUCAUCCGCCUUCUGGACCCACGGUGCCCUGCACGCUUCACCCCUGAGGGUCUUCACCUCAGUGUGGAUCCCCAGCUGGGGUUGUUCCUAGUGGCCCUCUGCAGAGUGUCCCUUUUCUCUGGGUGUUCGUGUUUCCAGGCCGUGACAUUUCACCUUAGAGCCCCGUGUGGGGAGGUUAACCUGAGUGUGUCCCUCUCUUCAUAAAGCUCUUGUCGCUGCUGCCGA